AUGUAUGUGGCAAUUCAAGCUGUUCUUUCACUUUAUGCAAGUGGUCGAACAACAGGUGUUGUUUUGGAUAGUGGUGAUGGUGUAUCUCAUACAGUACCGAUCUAUGAAGGUUAUGCUAUACCACAUGCCAUUACUCGUCUUGAUUUAGCUGGACGGGAUUUAACUGAUUGGAUGAUUCGUUUAUUAACUGAACGUGGUUAUGCAUUUACAUCGACAGCUGAACGUGAAAUUGUUCGAGAUAUUAAAGAAAAACUUUGUUAUGUUGCAUUAGAUUUUGAACAAGAAUUAGCAACUACAAGUCGUUCGAAUAGUAUUGAAAAGAAUUAUGAAUUACCUGAUGGUCAAGUAAUAACGAUUGGUAAUGAACGUUUUCGAUGUCCUGAAGCAUUAUUUGCACCGGCUACAGUGGGUCGAGAAGAGUCUGGUGUUGCUCAAAUGGUUUAUAAUACAAUUAUGAAAUGUGAUAUUGAUAUUCGAAAAGAAUUAUAUACAAAUACUAUUCUUUCAGGAGGAACAACAAUGUUUCCAGGUAUUGCUGAUCGAAUGCAAAAAGAAAUAACAGCAUUAGCUCCAUCAGCAAUGAAAAUUCGUAUUAUUGCUCCUCCAGAAAGAAAAUAUGCAGUUUGGAUUGGUGGUUCAAUUCUUAGUUCAUUAUCAACGUUUCAAGCAAUGUGGAUUUCGAAACGAGAAUAUGAUGAAUCAGGUCCAUCGAUUGUACAUCGAAAAUGUUUUUGA